AUGAGCGUCAAUGCGAUCAAGGCAGCGUGGCACGGCGCGGCGGAGCUGAAGCGGCACUGCAACCACGUUAUCAACACACUAGGACCGCAGACGCCACCUGAGGCGUUCCUCUACCGCGGGAACGCCUACUACGCGCUGGGGCAGCCGUACUUUGCGCUGGCCGACUACAAUACGGCCGCGUCGGUGCUGAGGCUAUCCGGCGAGCACCAACGUCGCUGCAGCAAGGCACUUGAGUUGUUCCCGGCAACGCAGACCGGUGUGUACCCCUCCACCGACUCUCAUCUACACAUCUUUGUCAAGCCAAUGCUCUCCAAGUCUUGCGCUAUCGAGGCCAUCAACGAGCACGUCGGGCGCGGGGUGCGGGCCACGGAGAACAUGCCACGCAACAGCGUCGUUGUGCAGUCAACAAGCCCAUGGCUUUUGUACCCAACGGAAGAAGGGCUGUGCUCAUACUGUGGCGCCAGCCUGCCAGAGCGCAACUUUUCAUGCACGAAUGACGACUGCCACGAAGAGUACUGUAGCCGCGACUGCCGACAGGAGGCCAUGACACACUACCACGCAGCGGUGUGUCGUAACAAGGACUAUCAGAGCAUUGAACUGGAUGUCUUCGCGCAGAUGACGGAGGCGGAGAAAGCUGGUGCAGUUGCGGACCGCAACGCCGCCGCAGCGCAGCUCCUCAUGCUGCGCGUCCUGUCCACGGGCAUGCAGAAGCACGUGGUGCCGUCGGCCAUGGGACAGGUCCGCAUCUUGUCGGGCCGCCUUACAUUCAGCCCACAGGUGCUGGCCAGCUCGAUGCUGCACUUGUAUGAGCGCCUCACGCGCGCGCUGCACAUCGCUACGAUCGUGCCUUACGAGGAGAUGAUAGGCGUCUUGGCGCGCAUUACAGCGAACUGCUUCUACCGCGACGGCACUGUGGAGCUCAACCUGCCCCGAUCGAUGCUGAACCACUCCUGCGCGGCGAACGUCGCUGAGGAUGGGCAAACCGGGGCCAUGAUCACUACACGCGACGUCGCGCGUGGCGAGGAGCUCGUCAUCAACUACUACCCGCACCUGAAGGAUCUGCCUUACGCAGAGCGCACUGCAGAGCUGGAGCGGCGCGGCUUCCGCUGCAUGUGCGCCAAGUGCCAGCGGCGCGAGUAG